AUGGCCACCACCCAGCCACUCGCCAUCCAGUGCAGAGACCCGGGCGAAUUCAUCUCCUCCAUCAUCGAGCACCACCGAGCCGGCGGCGGCGGUGUGCAGCAGCCUCUAAAGGACGAGGAAAAGACGUAUCUGAUCUUCGUGGGCAUCGAUGAUGAGAAUGGCGUUUUCGAGAUGAUGGAUGAUGAUGACCGAGAAUAUCUUCCACUGAGCGGAGAGGAAGAACCUGAGAUGCCUUGGAGCGAAAGUGAUGGGAGUGAGCAGAGGUUGCCGGGUGAGCCGCCGGGUUCGGGACAGCACCAGAUGACCCAGUCCCAAACUCCAGAGUUGGGGAAGGCAGAGGAUGUAGUCCAAGGGCAUGAGGGCCACCAAGCAGAGGAUCUUAAUCACGGGGCCACGGGACUUGACCAGGGGUUCCAGUCUGCCAAUGGUCAGAAGUCACCAAUAUCAAAAAUCACUGAGGCGAAAACCCCCGAACAUAGCUCUCCACCCGCCCUACCAGAAGCGGAGGAAACUGUAUCGCCAGUACAGUUACCCAUCGCUUUACCUUCAAGCUCACCGUUAAGCUCUCCGCCGCCGGAAGAGGAUGACGAAGAGCUAUUUAUGACUGGUGAGAGUGCCGUAGCAUCCAAAGGCCAAGACGGGUCUCAAAGCCCUAUUAGUAAAUCCCCAAGAGACCUAGACAACCACCUAGCUGGCGGGAAAGAACUACACAAAGAAACAGGAGCUCGAAGUGAGGCUACAAAGGGAAACGAAGUCAAAUCCCGAGCUACAGAAGCCAAUAUAUCCAUCCCUGAAACUCCGAAUACCCGCAGGAAGGUUCUCCUACAAAUCCGGGAACCCAGCUCCCCCAUACCCCCACAACCACACGAAAUCUCGCCGCUCACCGCACCAGGAGACAAGCCGCCAGUAUCCCAGUCCUACCAGAGCUCCCCCGCGGUACCCAGGAGCAGCAUGAUAACCUCCCCAACAGCCAAGCGAUUUCCCAUACCGACCAAGGUCUCCAACACAGCACAAUCCCAACAAUCCGAAGAAGAAGAGGAAGAAUACACCACCUACCCCACCCCCACACUCGACAUCCUCUCCGCCGCCGAACACAUCGAGCUCCUAUACCUGCGCGACCUCAAAACGCUUCGCACCUUCCUCACACUUCUCCAAUACACCCCUCCUGCCCCCUCCUCUCCCGAUACCGACAGCAAUCCACCCCUCCUCGCUAUCUGGGGCCUCAUCGGCGCGCACCACCACACCACAGGUGAAUUCAGCGGUGAAGGGAUCGCAAACACGCUGUCCCUCGCGGUGGACGCGGCGGCGGAGUCGGGGCGCUUUUUGGUGCUCGGGGAGGGGUAUGUGCAGGAGGAUAUAGAAGGUGGGGAGGUGUCGUGGAUGGAGGCGGAGGUGCCGGUGUUGAGGGGUGGAGGCGGAGGAGUGGGGAGGACGGUGGUGGUGAAGGGGGUGUUGGGGAGGUGGUGUCGGUUUGUGGAGGAGUUGGAGUAG